AUGGAUCCAAAUCCAGAAAUAGACAAAUAUGCGAGAGCCAAAAUUGAAGAACAACAUCCAGAUCUGCCCGUACAUCUGUCGUUGCUGAAACCUGAUGGUGGUUGCAUUGAUCCUCACUGCUAUAUGAAAAUUUUUGAAGAAGAAGGGAAAGCUCAGAAACUAACUGAGGCACUUGCUUCAGGGGAGACACUUGUUAGGAAAUUACACAGGAUUCGUAAUAAAGAACUUGUCAAAUUCAUUGACAAAGAUUUUAAUGGGAUAAAAGACAUUCACGUAAUCUCAAAAGCCACAAUUGGGGUAGUAGCUGAUGCUGAAUCCAAUCUUCUCAAUCAUUCAUUUCUUGACAUGGUGGGUACAGCUGGCGAAGUCAUACAUGCUGAAGAACUUAUCCUAGACAACAUUUUGAAGUCAUAUAGUAGCAUUUGCUAUCCAAUCAUUCUAAUGCCACCAGGCAUUUGUUGGGACAAAAUCAACAUCCCUCUCCACAAGGUUUGUCGUGUCCUUGGCACCUAUGGAAGUAAUCUCUUGAGAAUUGAAAUGGAGUGUGGAGCAUGGAUAAAGAUUGAACAAGGACCCUCUCCUGGUGUUUGGGAAUGGGAGAGAGUAGUGAAUGUAUUUGGUCCUAAGGAAAAUGUUAACAAGGCCAGGUCUGUAAUUCAGUCAGUAAUAUCUGAUCAGCCUGGGGAACUAUCUGCUACAGAAGCACUAAAUGAAUUCUUGAAGCAGAUUAAAGAACCUAGUUGUAGUGAAUUAAUUGAUACGAAUGAGGAAUCAAACAAAAAGAAGAAGCAGAAGGUUGGUGAACAUAAUUGGGGUCAAACUUUUCUAAGAGUUAAGAGAUCUGAUAGAGAGGGAUCUAAAGAAACAGAAGGUAAAUCAGAGUUUAAAGUACCUACUUGGAGUCAAACUUUUGGAGAUGUAACUUGUAAUUCUCCUGGGGGAAGUAAACAAACAAAACAAGGGAAUGAAUAUGAUAAUGAUGAUGAAUCCGGUGAUCAAGUGGAGAAAGAGAAGCAGCAGCCGCUGCAGGCUGAGGAAGGUGGUUCUGGUUCAACACAAAAAGAAAACAAGAAGAUGGAUAAAGGGAAGCAGCACAAGAAAUCUGAAGAUGAAUGA